CUCUCGUUGGGUCUGGUUGGCGUUGGUGUGGCUGUUAGCCGGUGUGGCUGGCGUUAGGGCGACGUUGGCGGGGCAGCUCAAAGAAAAAAGCUGCAAAAGCCCCCAGCUCUUGAAAGAGCAUGAAUCCCCAGGAUAAUUGUGGUGGGUUCCACCAUGCGGAAGUCCUGGUUUUUAUCAACCAUAAGAUGACGAGGCACAUUAAAGGCCCCGAAUUCUACUUUGAGAAUUUGUCUCUGCCCUGGGAAGAGAUAGAAGACAAGCUCAAGACCAUCUUGGAAGACAACAAGUUGUCCAGCGAGGCCAAGGAGGCUUGUGCCUGGGCCAGCCUGGCCCUGGGCAUUCGCUUCGUCUGCAAGCAGAGCCACGCACGAGGGCACCAAUUGCAGUGGCUGCACGACUUCGCCAAGCUGCAGAAGUCAGCCGCGCAGGCCUUGUCGGCAGAAGUGCAAGAGCUCACUGGGCAGCUGGAGAUGGAGCGCAAGGUGGCGGCCUACCAGAUUAAGUUGCUCCAGACCUCCCUGACGGAGGUGCAGAAAGAGCGGGACCAGAUGAAGUGGAAGCUUCUCAUAGCUGAGCUGCGAAGAGCCCGGGAGCUAGCCACUGCUCCUCAGGCGAGGCCAAGAAGAAAAGGCCUGGAAGAAAGGAAGGCAUGUGCAGCGUGGCCAUGCAUGAGGCCUGUCACCGACGGAGCUUGUGGCGAAGAACGGGGGGCUGCUGCCCCAGCCUCUGCUGCCACCACCACUGCCACCACCGCCACCACCACCACCACCACCGCUGCUGCCGCCACCACCACCACCACCACCAUGGGAAUUCAAGAUGGGGGCCCUACCCCUGGGGCAGCAGCAGAGGCGGGAGGAAGUGCCCUGCAAGUUUUAGGAGCUAUGGAGGAGAAAAAGUUCACUUCUCUAAAGCAGAGGGAGGGUGCAUUUAGUUCAGUAGAAACAUCUACCGUGUAUUUCUCUGGGGCCCUGAAUCCCAGCCCCACACCUUCAUCAAUGCCCCUUCCUGUCCAGAGACCUGCCUUAUUAUCAUAUGCAUACUCCUGCUCCUUAGCUUCAUUCUCUGGUAGACCUGCAUUGGCACCCUCAUCACCUAUACAGCCUAGAGCACCACCCCCGAUGGGGGCAUUCCAGGGAGCACCCUACAGGGAGGCCUCUAACCCUAGUUUGGGGUCUAAUGUAAGAGCUCAGGGAGUGAGUAUUCCAGAGCCCCCAAGAUGCAGGAUGGAGACCCAGCCCACUGAGCCUCCAGGAAUGGGUAAGCCAGGAGAUUGGAAGUGCCCCUGGUGUGGGGCCCUGAAUCUAUCCUGCCGAAAUGUCUGCUUCCGCUGUGGGUGGGGGAUGUAACUGUACCCCCGGGGAAUGGCAAAUGGAAAUGGAACUAAAAGGCAAAUAAAGUCU